CAAAUCUGCCAAGUGAAUGAAUGAAAGACCUAACCCAGCCACUUCUCCUCGGAGCUUCACAGACAGCAGCACUCCAAGUCAGAUACAGGCCGGAAGACUGUAGGCUCGGCUCUCCUCCUGACUCCUCCUGACACCUGGGAGUCACUGGACAUGCCAGGAUAUACUGUAGGGUGGUUGCAUCCGGAAGCGGGGGAGGAAGGCCCCAAUGCUGUAGCUCGGCUAGGCUUGGGUUGGAAAACAAGGCUAGAGUUACUUAUUAGCAGGUAAAAGGGUCAAGGGUCGAGGCAAGGGGGCUGAAAGCGGAGCGGACUGAGCGGCCAGCAGAGAACAGUUAAGGCAGAGGUCCCCUCGCCCACAGACAGCAGCUCUCUCCUGCCCGAGAUGUUCCACCAAGUCUGGGCGGCUGUGCUCUACCUCUACGGCCUUGUCUUUAACUUCAUGAGCCAAUGCCCUGAGCACAGUCAACUCACAACGCUGGAAGUGGGCGAGAAAGAGUCCCCAGAUCCCCACCUGGGCACGUGGUACUUCAUCGCAGGAGCAGCCCCCACCAAGGAAGAGUUAGCGACUUUUGACUCGGUGGACAAUAUUGUCUUCAACAUGGCGACCGGCUCUGUCCCAAGACAGCUCCAGCUUCGUGCUGCCAUCCGCACGAAAAACGGGAUCUGCGUGCCCCGGAAAUGGAUAUACCAUCUGACUGAAGGGAAAGGAAACACAGACCUCAGAACUGAAGGCCGCCCUGAUAUGAAAACAGACCUCUUCUCCAGCACAUGCCCAGGGGGAAUCAUGCUGAAAGAGACGGGCGAGGGAUACCAACGCUUUCUCCUCUACAACCGAUCACCACACCCUCCGGAGAAGUGUGUGGAGGAAUUCCAGUCUCUGACCUCCUGCUUGGACUUCAAAGUCUUCUUAGUGAUUCCCAGGAAUCAAGAGACCUGCCAGCUGUCCAGCAAGUGACUUGUUACUUCCAUCUGUGUGCUAGACAGAGGGUGGGAGCUGAGCUGCGAGGGAGGCUUCAGAGACUCUCCACACCCUCUCAAGGAUAAUAAAGAUGGUUCUCAAUCCUCA